AUGAAAUAUUUGUUAAUUCCUGCUACAAUUUAUUUUUUAGUCACAGGAUGGUACUUGUUUAUUGAAGCUAAAUUACCCUAUUAUCCUUUUUAGCAUCUGCUUGAAUUCACUCCAAAUGUAUAAUCAAUAAAUCUAUUAAUUAAGCAUGCUAUUUAAGCAUUAUUCACAGUUGCAUUAGGCUUAUGUAUUGUCAUUGAUAAUAAAAAACUACUUAUGACUUUCUUAUUUAUAGGUGUAGCAGAUCUCUCAUUAAUUGUUAGACACUGUUUUAAAUUGGAAAUGCAGGAACUUAGUGAAGCAUUAUAGCAGUAUAUUAAUAUCUUUAAUAUUUCAAAGUGUUGGAUAUAAGACAAUAAUAUUAGGAAUGAUAAUUGAAGCUAUGAGAAAUCAGAUUAUUUAUGAAUAGCCAGAAAAAAAAUAAAAGAAGAAGAAGAAAGUGAAGAAGAUGGUUGAAGUAGAAGUAGAAGAAGAAGUUGAUGAAGAUGAAGAUGUAGUACCUGUAACUUAAAAACUUAAUCCUAAAUAAUAAGAAGAAGCUAAAACAUCAUCUUCAAAAAAGAAAGAAAAAAAAGACAAGAAAUGAU